AGAAAAUGGGAACAUUGCCGUCUCCCAAUAUUCUCCGGCCGUUGGAAGUUUGAUACUCCAAAUUCAACAACCCAAAUUUCUCUUCCCACCUUAUAAAUUCCUCAAUUUCGGUCCAUUUCCUAACUAAAUUUUCGAUUUUUCCGACCCCUUAACCAAAUCGCCGCGCCGUUAAAAUGGCUUCAAUUGGCGGCGACAAUUUUUCGUACUUCAACAAUAACGAAUUGGAGCUAAGAGAGAUCGGCCGGCGUCCCACUCUCGGCGAGCUUCUGAAGCGAGUGGAAGAUGCUCAGUCGCCGGACCACAGUGUCGUCGAUGUUAGUUAUGGGUGUAGGUAUCCGGCGGCGGCGCCGUUGUUGUAUCCUUUCAAGCUGUCGUUUCAGAAUCUGAGUUACAGCGUGAAAGUUCGGCGGAGAGGAGGGGGUUCGUCGUUGCCGGAGAAUUUGGCGGCGGAGGAGAGUGGUGGAAGGGUUAAAUUGUUGCUUAAUGAUAUCUCCGGCGAGGCGAGGGAAGGGGAAAUUAUGGCGGUGCUCGGCGCCAGUGGGUCAGGGAAAUCUACGCUGAUCGACGCUCUCGCUGAUCGGAUUGCAAAAGGGAAGUUGAAAGGGAAGGUGACAUUAAACAAUGAAGUGUUGGAAUCUGGACUAUUGAAAGUAAUCUCUGCUUAUGUUAUGCAAGAUGACCUUCUAUUUCCGAUGCUAACUGUGGAAGAGACUCUUAUGUUCUCGGCGGAGUUUCGGUUACCUCGCUCUCUCUCAAAAUCAAAGAAGAAAGCAAGAGUUCAAGCUCUAAUCAACCAAUUAGGUCUAACAGCUGCUGCAAAUACUGUCAUUGGUGAUGAAGGCCAUCGUGGCGUCUCCGGUGGAGAACGACGUCGUGUGUCUAUUGGAAUUGACAUUAUUCACGAUCCGAUACUUUUGUUCCUUGAUGAGCCAACUUCAGGCCUUGAUUCCACUAGCGCUUUCAUGGUUGUCAAAGUUUUGCAAAGAAUUGCACAAAGCGGUAGCAUCGUCAUCAUGUCGAUUCACCAACCAAGCUACCGAAUCCUCUCUUUACUUGAUCGAUUAAUCUUUCUCUCCCAUGGACAAACUGUUUAUAGUGGCUCUCCAACAGAUUUACCCAAUUUUUUGGCCGAGUUUGGACAUCCAAUUCCAGGGAACGAAAAUAGAACGGAGUUCGCCUUAGAUUUGGUUCGAGAUUUAGAAGAAACUGUUGGAGGAACCAAAUCUAUGGUUGAACACAAUAAAUCAUGGCAGAGGAAGAACAAUGAUCACUUAGAAGAUUACGAAAUUCAUCGUGAUUUUUCUCGCCGAUUUCAUCUUUGUCUCAAAGAUGCUAUUAGUGCGAGCAUUUCAAGAGGAAAAUUAGUCUCAGGAGCUCCAAUUGAUUCAAAUCGUUCCUCUUCGUUCUCCAAAUUUUCAAAUCCUCUUUGGAUUGAGAUUUUAGUGAUAGCGAAACGAUCGAUUAUGAAUUCAAGGAGAAUGCCAGAGCUAUUUGGAAUUAGACUGGGUGCUGUUUUGAUCACAGGAAUAAUUUUAGCCACCAUGUUUUGGCAUCUGGAUAACUCCCCUAAAGGCAUUCAAGAACGGUUAGGAUUCUUCGCAUUCGCCAUGUCCACAACCUUUUACACAUGUGCAGAGGCCAUCCCUGUUUUCCUUCAAGAACGAUACAUCUUUAUGAGAGAAACAGCCUACAACGCUUACCGUCGAUCUUCAUACGUCCUCGCACAUUCAUUAAUAUCAAUUCCAUCAUUAAUUAUCCUUUCUCUAACCUUCGCUGGAACAACGUAUUUCGCUGUCGGUCUUGCUGGUGGCUUCUCCGGGUUUGUUUUCUUCUUUUUUGCCGUACUCUCCGCAUUUUGGGCCGGAAGUUCAUUUGUCACCUUUCUCUCUGGGGUUGUUUCUCACGUAAUGUUGGGCUACACCGUCGUUGUAGCCAUUUUAGCAUAUUUUCUUCUCUUUAGUGGCUUCUUUCUCAGUCGAGACCGCAUGCCACCUUACUGGAUAUGGUUCCAUUACAUGUCGUUGGUGAAGUAUCCAUAUGAAGCAGUACUGCAAAACGAGUUUGAGGCAAAAUCAGGGUGUUUCAUUCGCGGUGUUCAAAUGUUCGAUAAUACGCCGCUCGCAGUAGUACCGUCAGCGAUGAAGGUGGAGUUGUUGAAGAGCAUGGGGAAGACAUUAGGACUCAACAUCACCGGAUCUACGUGUGUUACGACCGGUUCCGACGUGUUAAGGCAACAAGGGAUUACAGAUUUGAGCAAAUGGAAUUGCAUUUGGAUCAGCAUGGCUUGGGGAUUCCUUUUCAGGAUUUUGUUUUACUUUGCCCUCUUGUUUGGUAGUAAAAACAAGAGGAAGUGAAUAUAACAAAAGAUAAAGUAAAGAGAAAAAAAAAAAACUGAAAAAUAAAAUUUCUCGUUCUGUGUGAAA